AUGUCCGGUCGAGGUAACACAACAAUGUCUUCAGCUAAAAGCAAAGGUAAAGACAAACAAUCGACACGUAGUAGUCGUGCCGGUCUUACGUUUCCCGUUGGUCGAGUACAUCGUUAUCUCAAACAAGGCUCUUAUGGAGAACGAAUUGGUGAAGGUGCACCAGUAUACUUGGCUGCUGUACUUGAAUAUUUAACUGCUGAAAUUCUUGAAUUAGCUGGAAAUGCUGCUCGAGAUAAUGAAAAAAAACGUAUUAUACCUCGACAUUUACAAUUGGCUGUUCGAAAUGAUGAAGAAUUAAAUCGAUUACUCGAUGGUGUAACUAUUGCACAAGGUGGUGUUUUACCUAAUAUUCGUUCGGAACUUUUACCAAAAAAAACAAAAGCUGAUGAAGAUAAUGGUGGCAGUAUAGAAUCACAACGUGGUACUCAAGGUCGUCCAAUGAUAAUGCAAUCAGGAGGAUCAAUGGCUAAUAAUGGUAUGAAAAAGAAAAGUAUGCCACCCGGUAAAAAAAGUCUUGCACCUCCAACAUCUCAAAAAAAAUCAAAUAAACCAAAACCAACGCAACAGCAACAAAAAAAUAUUACUACUAGUAAUGAUGAUGAUGAUGAUGAUGAAUCUGACGAUGAAGGUAAUGAUACGACUGGUCAUGGAAACACCGCAACUAGUUCAAGUGCUUUAGCUACGACAACUGCCAAUGAUACAACAGCCGAUGACGAUGACGAAGAUGAGGAUGAGGAUGACGAUUGA